AAUGUUCACGAUUCUGAAUAUUUCAUACUGCAGAGGAAUAUACAGGGGCGAGUCGUGGUUUUUUAUUUAGGAAAAGCUGAACGGUUUGGCUUUUAAUUUAGGUUUUUAGGGCCGUGACUUUUUAGUACAGAGUUAAACUGGGUUAAACACCUGUCCCGGGUCCCCUCAGGUCAUUAUUUAAAGAAGAUAGGCUAACGAUAUGACUACUCAGCAGUCAUUUUUCUUGCUGGACUGAAAGGAGGAGGAGUAGGCUAGCGUGUUUCCCAUGGCUACACCAAGCUUUCCUGGGGGGUUAUUUGCAUUCCUAACCAGCCGGUGGUAACAUACUUCUGCUUAUAUUACUAUUAUCUUUAAAACCGGCAGCUGUUAUAGCCCAGAGUGCCCGGGGAAAUAAAAGAGAUAGUCGGGAGUGAGAGGAAAGAUCAGCUCCAGGAGUCGUGACGUCGCCCUGGAGGUGCAGCUCUAACAUGAGGAGGAUUGUUGGCUGUAACCCAGCCCAGACCGGAGGCUGCUGGUAGGGAUGGUGCCGCUGUGAAGAGCCGGUGUGCCGUUUCGGAGGACAUGCCUGCGGUCGGGGGAAAAGGGAGGAAGUGCCUGGACAACAUGACUGUUUUCAACCAGGAAAAUGUUGAGGAAUUGUAUGCAAUUGGAGACGAGCUGGGGAGUGGUCAGUUUGCUGUGGUCAGAAGAUGUCGGCACAGGAGUACGGGCGUGGAAUAUGCCGCCAAAUUCAUCAAGAAGCGGCGCAGCAAGUCGAGUCGACGAGGGGUGACAAGGGAGGACAUCGAGCGCGAGGUGAACAUCCUGAAGGAGCUCCAGCACCCCAACAUCAUCACGCUCCACGAGGUCUUUGAAAACAAGGCAGAGGUCAUCCUGAUCCUGGAGCUUGUGGCCGGCGGUGAGCUCUUCGACUUCCUGGCAGAGAAGGAGUCGCUGAGCGAGGAGGAGGCCACUCAGUUCCUCAAGCAGAUCCUGGAUGGAGUCUUCUACCUGCACUCCAAACAGAUCGCUCACUUUGACCUUAAGCCGGAGAACAUCAUGCUGCUGAACCGCUCAAUGCCUCACCCGCGUAUCAAGCUCAUUGACUUCGGCCUGGCCCACAAGAUAGAUUUUGGCAAUGAUUUUAAAAACAUUUUUGGAACUCCAGAAUUUGUAGCUCCAGAAGUGGUCAACUAUGAGCCUUUGGGCCUGGAGGCAGACAUGUGGAGUGUUGGUGUGAUAACCUACAUCCUUCUGAGCGGUGCGUCUCCCUUCCUGGGUGACAACAAGCAGGAGACUCUGGCCAACGUGUCGGCCGUGGACUACACGUUUGACGAGGAGUUCUUCAGCAACACCAGCAUCCUGGCCAAAGACUUCAUAGCAAGGCUCCUUAUCAAAGAUCCCAAAAAGAGAAUGACGAUUCAAGACAGCCUCCAGCACCCCUGGAUCAAGCCAAAAGACACUCAACAAGCACUGAGCAGAAAGGAGUCGGCUGUCAACAUGGAAAAGUUCAAGAAGUUUGCAGCUCGAAGAAAAUGGAAACAAUCUGUCCGACUUAUCUCCUUAUGCAACCGCCUGUCCCGCUCCUUCCUGUCCAGAAGCAACAUAAGUGUGGCACGCAGUGAUGACACGUUGGAUGAGGAAGACUCCUUUGUGAUGAAGGCCAUCAUCCACGCCAUAAACGACGACAACGUGCCCGGUCUGCAGCAUCUGCUCGGCUCUUUGAACAAUUACGACGUCAACCAGCCCAACAAGCACGGGACUCCUCCCCUCCUGAUUGCAGCCGGCUGUGGCAACAUUCAGAUCAUUGAGGUGCUGAUGAGAAAAGGUGCAGAGAUCCAGGCCCAUGACAAGAGUGGAGCCAACGCUAUCUACUACGCAGCGAGACACGGCCACGUCGAGACCCUGAAAUUCCUCCAUGAAAAGCAAUGCCCUCUGGAUGUCCAAGAUAAGUGUGGGGAGACUGCUCUUCAUGUGGCGGCUCGCUAUGGCAACGUGGAUGUGGUGAGCUACCUUUGCAGCAUCCGGGCCAACCCAGACCUGUCUGACAGGGAGCAGGAGACCCCGCUGCAUUGCGCCGCGUGGCACGGAUACUCGCCAGUAGCCCGAGCACUCUGCCAGGCAGGCUGCCAUGUGGACGCAAAGAACCGUGAGGAGGAGAGUCCGCUGCUGACAGCAUCUGCUCGGGGCUUUGUGGACAUUGUGGAGUGCCUGGUGGAGCACAAGGCUGAUCUAGAAACGACUGACAAGGACGGCCACACAGCGCUCCACCUGGCCGUACGGAGAUGUCAGGUUGAAGUGGUCCGCUGCCUCCUCAGACACCAUUGCCACCUGAACCAGCAGGAUCGCCAUGGCAACACACCGCUGCACAUCGCCUGUAAGGACGGAAACCUGCCCGUCGUCACGGCCAUCUGCAGUGCCAAGGCCAACCUCGACCUCCCCAACAAGUAUGGCAGAACUCCCCUCCACCUGGCUGCCAACAACGGGAGCCUUGAGGUUGUCCGUCAUCUCUGCCUGGCUGGAGCUAACAUUGAAGCCGUCACCAACGAUGGAAAGACAGCAGAGGAUUUGGCUUAUACUGAUCACCAUGAACUCAUCGUUUCUUUGUUGGGCAAGCUUAAAAAGGACAACCUCAAACUGAGCUACAUCCAGCAGCUGCGGCCCACUCAGACCGUCCAGCCCAGGAUCAAGCUGAAGCUGUUCGGACACUCUGGAGACGGGAAGAGCACCCUACUGGAGUCUCUGAAAUGUGGCAUCCUGCGCAGCUUCUUCAGGAGGAAGAGGACACGCAUGAGCAACACGGCCCGACACCCCAACUCCCCCAUCAACUCCAAACCUGCUGUGUCAGUGAGCAUUUCCAACUUGUACCCGGGCUGUGAGAAUGUGAGUGUGCGGAGUCGCAGCAUGAUGUUUGAGCCCAGCCUGACCAAAGGUGUCCUGGAGGUCUUCUCCCCCGUCCACAACGCUCUGUCCGCAGCGGACGAACAGGCCACAAAGGCCAUCGACAUCCAGCACGCCAGCAUCCACGGUGUGGGGGAUUUCAGCGUGUGGGAGUUUUCGGGUAACCCGGUCUAUUACUGCUCCUACGACUACUUUGCAGCCAACGACGCCACAGCGAUCCACCUGGUCCUGUUCAGCCUGGAGGAGCCGUACGAGACCCAGCUGGGCCACAUCACCUACUGGCUGAACCUGCUGAAAGCCCUCACCCUGCCACAGGACAACAUCGCUUUCGGAGGUCGGAUCCAGCAGCCUCUUGUGGUCGUCCUGGUGGCGACACACGCUGACCUCGCUGACGUCCCCAGAGCUUUCUCUGGAGAGUUCGUCUACGACAAGGAGAAAACGCUGCUCAAGGAAGUCAGGAACAGGUUUGGGGUCGACCUGCAGAUCAGUGAUAAAUUGUUUGUGAUGGACGCUGGAGCCUCGAACUCCAAAGAAGUGAAGCUGCUGAGGAGUCACCUGCAGGAACUGCGCACCAACAUCAUCUCUAGGUGUAGUCCCAUGACGCUGCUGUCGGAGCGUUUGCUGACCACCCUGCCGACCUGGAGGAAGCUGAGCGGACCCAACCAGCUGACGUCGUGGCAGCAGUUUGUCAGCGACGUCCAGGAGCACAUCAACCCUCUGGUCAGCCAGGAUCACCUGCGCACACUGGCCCUGCAGCUCCACAGCAUGGGGGAGAUCAACAUCAUGCAGAGUGAGACAGUGCAGGAUGUUGUUCUGCUGGAGCCUCGUUGGCUCUGCAGCAACAUCCUCGGCAAGCUGCUCUCCGUGGAGACGCCCAAGGCCAUCCACCACUACAGGGGGCGCUACAGGCUGGAGGAGGUGCAGGCUCUGGCUCCUGAAAGUGACGUGGACGAGCUGCUGCAGAUCCUGGAUGCCAUGGAUGUCUGCGCCCGUGACGCCACCAACCCCUCCAUGGUGGAUGUUCCUGCCCUCAUCAAGACAAAUGGCCUCCACCGCUCCUGGACCGAAGAGGAGGAGGAGGAGGAGUCGCUGAUCUACGGCGGGGUACGACUCGUCCCUGCGGAGCACCUUACCCCCUUCCCCUGUGGCCUGUUUCACAAACUGCAGGUGAACCUGUGUCGCUGGAGCCACCAGCAGAAGCCUGAGGAGGAGGGCGGGGAAGAUUUUGAUGGAGAUAUCCACCUGUGGACCAACGGAGCCAAGGUGAGCCAGGCAGGAGUGGAGGCCAUGAUCCUGCUGGUCAACCACGGCCAGGGGGUGGAGAUUCAGGUGCGCGGGCACGAGUCGGAGCGGGCCAAGUGCUACACCCUGCUGGACACCGUCUGUAGUAUAACGGAGAACCUGCUGGCCUCCACGCUUCCCGGACUGCUCACAGCCAAAUACUACCUGAGUCCACAGCAGCUGCGGGAACACCACGCGCCCAUCAUGAUCUACCAACCCAAAGAUUUCUUUCGGGCCCAAGUCCAGCGGGAAACCUCGCUCACUAACACCAUGGGCGGCUACCGAGAGAGCUUCAGCAGCAUUCUGACUUUCGGCUGCGCUGAAGUUUACCAGCAGGGGAUUCUGGGAACGGACAUCCACAUAUCAGACGUCCCCCUGUUGGCGCGCAGGAAGCUCUGCCGCAUGCUGGACCCUCCUGACGCUCUGGGGAAAGACUGGUGCCUGCUGGCCAUGAACCUCGGCCUCACAGACUUGGUGGCCAAACACAGCAACGGGACUCCAAACGGCACCCCUGAGCUGGACUCGUGCCCGGACCUCCAGCAGGCCGUGCUGCAGCCCAGCCCGACAGCGGCGCUGCUGCAGGAGUGGAGCGGGCGAGCAGGCAGCACGGUGGGUGUGCUGAUGGCCAAACUGAGGGAGCUCGGCCGCCGAGACGCCGCCGACUUCCUGCUCAAAGCUUCUCCUGUUUUCAGGGUCAACAUGGAAGCGCUGGUAGGGGCCGCUAACGGCUACCCCCCCACCUGCAACGGUGGCACAUCGUACAACUCCAUCAGCUCCGUCAUUUCACGCUGAACUGAACUGGCUCACCUUGGCUUUCUGUCCUCGCCAAACGUCAGAUAGUCUGAUGUGACAUUUCCCUUAAAGGACAGUCACAGACUUGUGUGUGAAUGAACAUGAAGUGCAAUCGUUACCAGAGAGUCCAGCUGCUCGUUCCUUAAUCACACCAUUAAGUUGGCGUGUGAACCAGAUGUUGUGUUUGUGCUCUCCACACCUGUACAGCUGACCUUUCCUUCCGCUAUGAAUGUUGUGAAAGAGCUGAUUGUCCUGAGCUCCAAAGAGGAAUCCAGUGCUAUUAUUCUGUUCUUAAUCUUGUUGUGCUGCUUUUUAAUAUCCCUGCUACUCUACUGCACCACCAAGUCUCACUCAUCUUACAGCUAAAAGACAGAAAGUACAGAAAAGAUAAAUGUUUAAAAGCUAUCAACUGAAAGAAUGGAUGCGGCUAAAAAUAUGGCAGCCUCAUGUUUGGACCUCUUUCAUAUCCAUGAAGUGAAAAACUGAGAACUUAAUUGUGUACAUGUAGAAGGCUGCCAUCUUUACUCACUCCAUCCAUCACAGUUAAUAUAAUAUAAUAUCAGCUUCUGUUUUACUGAUGUGACCAUUCAGCUUAGUGUCUAAUAAAUUAAAUACAGCAUUUUUCAGAGUGCCUUUGUGGCCUUCUACCUCCCUAAAGAGCACAAAUAGUCUUGUUAUUAAAAAAAACAGUAGUUCUUUCCACACAUUUGAGGAACUGUGCCUUGUUGACACUAAUAGUAAAAUGAAUUUCUAUUGAGGAAAAGGCCAUCUAACAUUUUGAGACAGGAAAAGGUUAAUGAAGAAAUAACAUGAAAAAGAAAACACGAAAGCUCGGCUCAUGUUACAAGGUUUUGAAAAUUAAAUUUUACUGGCAAAACGCAGAAAGCUGAAAUCGGAGAUCAGAUUUCUGCUGUGUUUUGUUUAGUGUUUGAUCGUCAGUGCAGGAGAUGAAACGUUCAGUCUUCUCUCGUAUUGGAGUCGGUGUGAUGCUCUGUGGGAGCUGUAGGCACAGUCAAAGGGAAACCACGUCAUUCAUGUUCAAUUGGUGUAUUUGUGGGUUCAUGCAGAUUAAUUCUUCAUUAAUCCAACAACAGGAAUCUCUUUAUUGUUGCUUAAUUUCUGGUGACAUUUCAUUUUACAGGCCCGGUAAAUUCCUAAUUUCCUAUGAAGUUUCUUUUAUAAGGUGAUAAUAUGUCAAUAUUGCUUUCAGUUUGUUCUGCUGCUCCCUAAAAAAAAAUAAUUAAUGCAGCUUUAAUUAACUGUACAAAUCCAAACACUAGCUAUGUCCCAGUUAUAUACUACAGUAUAUACCAUUUAGGGCUGCAACUAAUGAUUAUUUUCUUGAUUAAUUGAUUAAUCGCAUGGUCUAUAAAAUGUCAGAAAAGCCCAAGUUGACAACUGACAUCCAAAACCCAAAAAUUUCUACCAUAGAAGAGAAAGAAAACCAGCAAUUAUUCACAUUUGCGGAGCUAGAAACCAGCGAGUUUUUGGCAUUUUUGCUUAAAAAAUUACUUAACGAUUAAUCGAUUAUCAAUUAUUAUUGUUGCUGGUGAUUGACCAAUAGAUUAAUUGACUAAUUGUUUCUGCUAUAAUACUAAUCUUAGUUGCAGUUAGUAUACAAGAAAUCAAUGUACUUUACCAUUUUAUACUAACAGGAAAUGAGAAAUUGCAUCUCAUUUACUGAUUUUUUUUGAGUAUACUUUAAUUUUGUUACUUUUGCACUCAAAACCUGUUUAGGAUUAACAUGUAGUAUGGUAACGGGAUACAUUUUGAGUCUCCAUUUUUCCUGUAAUUAUUACCAAAUUACGAGAUUGCCCUUUUCAGGAACCAGGCAGAGUUUACAGUUACAUAUCAGUUCCUUUCUGGGAACUGUUGGCUAACUAUGGGACCUGUAAAAUAAAGUGUUAUUAUAAACGUCACUUAAAAGUCUAUUUACUCAUUUUCGAUUCACACAAAGGGACCUUUAGCCAUUUUAACACAAAAAGAAGAGGUUUUUCUCCCCAAAGUACAGUGUCUUAUUGAAGGAUGUUGAUCCUUCCAGCACCAAAAUGUAUUUGCUGUAGAGGGUCGCAGAAAGGGUGGAGCUCAUACUGCAGAGCUUCAGGGUCCAACUGAGACCCCAAACUGUGCACUCAUACUAAUUACUUUGAAUAGAAAGUACCACCAAAAAUGAUAGAAAUAACGUAAAGUUAAUUUUUAACAUUUUUUUACUAAUCUAGAAGGUAAUUUAUUACAUCCAGAGCCGUCAGUUUCAGUAAACACACCUGACGCUGCAGCUUUUUAAUGCUUCCUCGACAGGUUUUCUGCAUUGGUGACCAGUGCUAAGACGUCAACAAUCGACUUACCGACCACAGUGUCAGAUUUUGACACUGUGGCAUCGACUCCGCUUCUGUCGAGCUAAAUUUGAUCUUCUGUCAGUGUUGGUCGGCCACGCGUGGCUUCACAUCUUCUUUCAGUUAGUCUUUUAUAACAUGAAGCUGCAGCUCGGCUCCGUCAGCAAAAGCAGAAGAGAGAUGGCAUGAAGUUAGUUUUGUUAUCUGAAAAAAAAGGCCAAAGGCUGCUGAUGACAGGAAUGUCCAAGAAAGGCAUUUUCACUUUGUGUAAACUGGUACGUUAUAAUGUUUGUGAACCAGAAAAAAAAAUGCUCUUUUUUUCAGUACAUAUGUGUUGAUGUUGGGAAAAAGAGUCUCUCAUUCCUAAAAAGUUUGUGGAUGUAAAGGGCCUUUUUCAGGACACAGUGGUAACAGUUUGAUAGAAAAAGAUGAGCUCUGUGCCCGAGUGCAGUAUUUCCUGUCUGCUUUACUUCCCCAGUGUUACCAUGUGUUCACAGAUAAAACACUUUCAAGACUAUUUCAAAUACUGUACUUCUCUCUCUCUUUUUAUCUCAGACUCAGCAAACUUCUAGCUGUGAUGUAAAUACUCGAGUCCUGUUUCCUCGACUUCAUCUUCACUUUUCUGUUAGUUUUCAGCUCUUUUUUUUUUUUUGCCCAAAUAUGUUGAUUUAAACAAGGCAAAAUGAAUGUACUACACAUCUUUCCUAAGAAUAUGGUGACAAGUCAAAACAAAUCAAAGAUACGGUGAUAAAACUCUCAACAUGUUCACAGAAAACAAGAUGAAAUGUCCCAAAUUGGUCAGAAACACCAUUUUACUUUUCUUGUAUUAUUGAAGCUUUUGUUGAAGUUGUGUAUAAUCAUUGCCAAUGUUGUGUGCCUAAAACACACGCGUUCAUUCCUCCAUUAUCGCCUUGUACAGUACACAAGCUGAGAAGUGGUGUUUCAGAAAGGGAAGUGAAUUAUGUUUCUGUUAUUUUGUAAAAGCCGGGACUCACUAUUGUUAUAAUUAUUAUUAUUAUUAUUAUUAUUAUUAAGUUCGUCUCCGUUUGGUGUCUUUUUCCCGGGCGGUUCUGACUGCGAGUCCGACCGAAACGAGUGGAUUUAAAGGCGUUCUCAAAAAUAUUUGUUGUUUCUGUCUGAUGAGGAAAGACGUACCAACAUUACUUUCCCCCUCGGAGACUCCGGUCUAAUCGCCACAUUGCACAGGUCUUUUUGUCGCUAUUUAUGUUACAUUAUUUUAGCAUGUCUUGGAAUGCCAUGUUCUUAGUACUUCUGACACUUUAUAGUGUAAUACUUUUUAUAAUAAAUUCUUUACCUAA